AUGAGCAUCAACAAAGUCGACUACCAGCAUUAUCUCAGCGAGUCCUCAAAAGCAAGGAAGCCCAGCGCCAUUAGGCGACUGAUUCCUCUGACAAAGAUCCCAGGAAUGAUCUCGCUCGGUGCAGGCGCACCGAACGGUGACCUGUUCCCCUUUGAAGGGAUCAGCAUCUCGCUCAAGAAUGGAGAGACCCUCCAAGUGGAUUCCAAAGUCCUAGCCGAGUCCUUGACUUACGGCCCAUCUGACGGAAUCCCUCAAUUGAAUGGCUGGCUGAAGGAGUUGCAGACAAUUCGACAUGCGCCUCCUCGUGAGUUUGCAGUGACGAUUGGUACAGGAUCUCAGGAUCUGGUUACGAAGGCAUUGCAGAUGCUGAUUUCGGAGGGCGAUAAUGUCCUCUUCGAAUCGCCAGGAUAUGUAGGCGUCAUUGCGUUCUUGAGGCAUCAGCCAUGCAACCUUGUCGACGUUGAGCUGGACUCGCACGGUGUGGUGCCUGCAAAGCUGCGUGAGCAACUAGAUAGCUGGCCUGCAGACAAGAGAAAGCCCAAGAUGUUGUACACGGUCCCUGUGGGAGGCAACCCGACUGGUGUCAGUCAGACGUUGGAGCGCAAGAAGGAAAUUUACAAGAUUGCUCAGGAACACGACUUGUUGAUCCUGGAGGACGACCCAUACUACUACCUCCAGUUUAACGAAAAGAUCCCAUCGUACUUUUCAAUGGACGUGGAUGGACGGGUGUUGCGGUUCGAUAGCAUGUCUAAGAUUCUGUCCUCGGGAUUGCGUGUCGGAUGGGCUACUGGACCAGUGGAGUUGAUCAAUGUCAUGAAUCUGAUGACUCAGACUAGCAACUUACAGCCGUCGAGUGUUGCACAGGCAAUAACGUAUACGCUUGUUGAGUCCUGGGGCCAUCAGGGAUUCUACGAACACACACUCAAGGUCGCAGCGUUCUAUAAGGAGCGGUGCCAGCUUUUCUGCCAAUACGCGCGCAAGCACUUGACGGGGCUGGCCGAAUGGGUCGAGCCUGAUGCGGGGAUGUUUGUGUGGUUCUAUCUGAAAGGGAUCGAGGACUCAUUCGACCUGAUCCUGACCAAGGCCGUGGAGAAGAAAGUGCUGCUUGUGCCCGGGAUUGAGUUCUUCUGCGACCAGGAGAAGAGUGGGCCCAGCCAGUGCGUGAGGGCCUCGUUCUCGAAUGUGACGGAGCAGGACAUGGACCUUGGACUGGAGCGCCUGGCGAGCCUUCUCCGCGAGCAGAUUGAGCAGCAGCAUUAG